AUGCAUUUGACUUAUAAUGAAGCUGAUGCACAGCAGCAGUCAGAACCACAAAUUCAGCCUUUAUCUGCAAAUGGAAUUUCUCAUGCAGGUAUUGGUACUCAGGUUGUUCCGUAUGCAACACCUCCACAGCUUGGAACUGGACAUGCUGUGGCACCGCCCACUUACCCAUAUCCAGAUUCGUACUACAGAAGUAUCUUUACUCCCUAUGAUGCACAAACUUAUCCCCCACAACCCUAUGGUGGAAAUCCAAUGGUCCAUCUUCAGUUAAUGGGAAUUCAACAAGCAGGUGUUCCUUUGCCAACUGAUACAGUUGAGGAGCCUGUGUUUGUCAAUGCAAAACAGUAUCACGGUAUAUUAAGACGUAGACAGUCCCGUGCUAAAGCUGAAUCAGAAAAAAAAGCUGCAAGGAACCGGAAGCCAUACUUUCAUGAACCUCGACAUUUGCAUGCACUAAGGAGAGCAAGAGGAUGUGGAGGUCGGUUUUUGAAUUCAAAGAAAAAUGAGAAUGAGCAGGAUGAGGUUGCAUCAGCUGAGGAAUCACAGUCCAAUAUCAAUCUCAAUUCUGAUAAAAACGAGCUUGCGCCAUCAGAUAGAACAUCCUAA